AUGGCGUAUAGAAUGUUUGAGUGUCCUGGAGCCCCAGAUCAUGUUCUUCUCAAGACAGAGAAUGGCAUGAUGUUUAGAUUACACGGCAAUUGUGUACAGGAAAAUACAGAUGCUUUUGCUGAAAAAACAGCAUCAAAAGAUGUAAAAGGAUCAGUCGAAUUUCCAACAGUAUUACGUGACCAACUUCUUGGUCCGAAGAAAGUACAUCUUAAUGAACUUCGCAAGUCAACAGGCUGCAGAAUUGUUGUUUCUGAUUGCCAAAACACCAAUGUUUUCGUUAUCUCUUCAAAUUCACAGACAAAAUUAGAUGAAGCAAUCACAGUUAUUCGUGCACAUAUUGAUAGUGUCAUUGCUGCUCAACCAUAUACUCAUUAUGUUUGCAUUCCAACAGUUGAGAAUGCAACUUUCUGCAAUUCAGUACGCGAUUUCCUCGGACGAGUUCACAACAUUUGCAAAUUAUCUCCAGAUGCUUUCGAUAACGUUUACAGACUGAAUGUUUUGUUAUGUUCUCUUCGCCUUCUUGACGAAGAGUCAAUUUCAAAAGCAGCAGAUGUUAUGAAGAAAGCAGUUAAAAGCUACGAUUGGACAGUUGAAUUUACUUCCGAAAUUCAAGGUGUCAAUUCUUACGGCCAAACAGACGAAGGACCUAAGAGUUACGUUGCCCAAUUCCGUGGUUCAAACGUAUCGUUGAAUAUGAAGGAUUUACAAGCAGUUCUUGUUGAAGAUUUCCGUAAUGCAGGAAUAGACGUAAUUGACGUUCCACAAUCGCUUAAUAUUACACUUAUAAAGAAGGCAUGGGCUGUUGGCAACGGCUGGGCCCUUCCUUCCAUUGCUGAACUUGGUGCAGAUACAAAACUUACUCCAGCUCCAAUUACAUCGGUCGCUCUUUGCCAGCGCUAUGCAACAAAGCAGCAGCAGUUUUAUUUCGUUAUUUCUUCAUAUAAACUCGGACCACAUGAAGUUGAAGAAGAAGAGAAACAAGAGAAAGAGGCAGCUGAUGAAUAA